AUGACCCAUCCCGUGGCAGUAAAGGCAUGUCUGUUCGAUAUGGAUGGUCUUCUUAUUAAUACAGAAGACAUCUACACUGAGACAUUGAAUGAAACCUUGGCAGAGUUUGGCAAGGGUCCCUUGACCUGGGAUGUAAAAAUUCAAUUGCAAGGACUUCCAGGACCAGAAGCGGGAAAGAAGGUGAUCGAACAUUACGAGUUACCAAUAACUUUGGAUGAGUAUGACGAAAGGAACAUUGCUUUACAAUCCCUUAAAUGGGGUACCUGUGAAUUUCUACCUGGCGCAUUGGAUUUAUUGAAGUACUUAAAAUCAAAGGAUAUUCCUAUCGCUUUAUGUACUUCUUCAAACAGAUCUAAAUUCCAAGGUAAGACAAGUCAUUUAGGGGAAGGUUUCUGCCUUUUUGAUGCUAUUGUAACAGGAGAUGAUCCAAGAAUUCCAAAAGGAAGGGGGAAACCUUUCCCGGACGUUUGGCAGUUGGGCUUAAAGGAACUGAACGAAAAGUUUCAUACAGAUAUGAAACCUGAAGAAUGUAUAGUGUUCGAAGAUGGUGUCCCUGGUGUUAAGUCAGCUAAGGCGUUUGGUGCACAUGUUAUUUGGGUUCCCCAUCCAGAGGCACAUGCUGUUUUGGGAGACACAGAAACUUUGUUGGCCGGCAAAGGUGAACUACUGUCUUCUUUGGAGAAAUUGGAAAGAUCCAAAUAUGGCCUGUGA